UCACAUUCACAGUACCAUUUAUGACUUUAAUUCUAAAUUAAACUAAACAUUGCUUAUUUUAUAAAAAUAGAUAUGACUUGUGCUGCCUUUUAUUAGUGUGUGUUGAGAAAUAUAAAUUGUGUACUUAAUGUGUAGUUAAACCAUAAUUCGCAAAACUUUUGAUUCUUGCUCAUUUCUAUAUAAUCGAUAUAAGUAAAUAACUUCUAUAUUUUGCUCAGAUUUGUGACUAAUUUUCUUACAAAGUGAUGAGAUAGUAAGAAGUUAACAUGUCGCUAGAACGUGAGAGCAUGGGUGUGAUGCCCCCAAUCCCUGUGGGCACUGGGCCAUUGGACCCACGUUCACAACUACUCCAAGAAAUGAGGGAUCAGAACUUUGACCUUAUAAGAUUUGCAUCUUAUAGAACUGCAUGCAAACUCCGCUUUGUCCAAAAGAAGUGUAAUUUACAUGCAAUAGAUAUAUGGAACGUAAUAGAAGCCUUUCGAGAAAAUGCACUCAAUACUCUGGAACCGACUGCCUGUGUCAAUGUCACCAGAUUAGAGACGCUAGUGUCAUCAUUGUACCACAACUUGAAUAAAAGAUUGCCACCCGCUAAUCAAGUGUCCGUCGAAGCCUGUUCUGCUUUGCUUUUAAAUUGGUUACUGUCGGCUUACAGUACAGGAGAAAACGUCGGAAAAAUUAGAGUUUUCUCAAUCAAAGUUGCAUUGGCCACCAUGUGUGCUGGAAAACUUAUGGAUAAACUAAGAUAUAUAUUUUCUCAACUAUCCGACGGCAAUGGUCACUUGUUAAUGAAGAGACUGUCCGACUAUCUACGUGAAGUUUUAGCUCUACCUGCAGCUGUGUAUGAAUCCCCGUCAUUUAGUUAUAACGAUAACUUGGCAAUUUCUAUAUUUAAUCAGAAUGUUAAAAUAACCGUAAACGAUUUCUUAGACACUUUGAUGUCAGACCCAGGACCGCCCUGUCUUGUUUGGUUGCCUCUAUUACAUCGCCUAGCCAGCGUCGAGAAUGUGGUGCACCCGCUGGCGUGCAGCGCGUGCCGGCGCGGCUCGCUGGCCGGCUUCCGCUACCGCUGCACGCGCUGCGCCGCCUACACGCUGUGCCAGGACUGCUUCUGGCGCGGACACGUCACGCCGCCGCACUGCAACGAGCACGAGGUCAAGGAGUACGCCACCUACAAGUCCCCGUCGAAGCAGAUCGGCGCGACGCUCCGCAAGUCGUUCCGCUGCGUGCCCGAGCGCGCGCGCCCGCAGCUGCCGCGCUACCCCGACCAGCCCGAGCGGACCCUCAACCUCAGCCACAUCGUUCCGCCGUCCCCGGUGCCGGCUCACAACGGUUUCCCGGAGUACGCGGGCGGGUACGUCAACACGGGCUCGCUCGACAGCCGCUCCUCCAGAUCGACGCAUCGCAGUAUAGCGGAUCACCUCUCCCGCGGAGUCGAUGAUGAACAUCGCCUCAUAGCGAGAUACGCGGCUAGAUUGGCGCACGAAAAUCGUACCAUGCCAAGAGCCGGCAGGUCGGCUUCUCUGACACCAGAAUUGACACUGGAUUUUCAGGGCCGUUCAUCAUCAGAGGGCUCGGAAGUGGACGCGGCGAGACAGCAACGCGAACUGAUAUCUCAGCUCGAGGCCAAGAACCGGGAGAUUAUGAGAGAGAUCGCUCGUUUGAGACGGCAGCAAGAAGCGGAAGCGGUGGGCGGCCCGGGCUCCGCCCCGCCACUCGUGUCCGAGUUGCGGGCGCUCCGCCAACGCAAAGACGAGCUGGAGGGACACCUGUCGUCGCUGCAGGAGUCCAGGAAGCACCUCAUGCACCAACUCGAAGGCCUCAUGAGGAUGCUUAAGACUCAGCAGUCGAGUCCCAGGUCAACACCGAAUUCGUCUCCGCGAUCGACGAAGAGUCCUCCGCUACCUGGAUCACAACCACAGCCCUCCGCGCCGGAGAGGGAGGUGUCUCGCGGCGCGGUGCGCAGCGCGCCGCAGACGCCGUCGCUGGGCGAGCGCGAGCGCGUCGACAUGUCGCACAGCCUCGGCACGUACGCGCUGGCCGACGGCGCGCGCGGCGCAAUGGAAUCGAUGGGAGGAGACCCUAGAAGUUUUCACCAGAACCAACGACCUACCACUAUGGGCAUAGACAACAGGAGUCUACGAAGCGAUCUGCUGUACGCCGCUGAUUCAGUCACGAACGCGAUGUCGACUUUAGUGCGAGAACUUAAUUCGGAGGGUUCAGACACAGAGGAUACGGUCAAGGGAGGAUUGGACGCCAGGAAGAGACGGGAUUUCGAAGAAGAUGAAGACAGUGACGAACCGAUGCCACGGCCGCAGCUUCCGCGACACUACAUACACGAUAACAAUGUGCAGAGCUUACCACCUAGUGUUAUUACGUCAUAAGUAGUGUUUGAGGACAUACCGCCUCCACUUCCGGCUCGUACGGGUCACUAUUACCCACGCACAUAGUACCCUGAUGUAUAAGUAAUUUCAUAAAAUAAUCACAUAAGUUUGUUGUUGAACCUUGAGUUAUAUAUAAAACCGUCUUGUUAAAAACUUAGUAUUUCCUUCAGGCCGGUUUCGAUUUAUGCGUCUUCUGUAACCGUUCAUGUUAUCCCAAAUCAUAUUGAUCCUUAUUACAUUGGGAAUAAAGUUUAAAUUGAAAUGAAUAUACAUAAUACAUGUUAAACGUUAGGCAGUUUUUUUUUUUAAAUCUCAUAUUAGUAUUUUUUUGUUCUUUUCAUAAAAAAUGCAUUGAUUUUGAAUACUGCCGAUUUGAUAUAUUAUCCAUUGAUAAUAAUAAUACAUACAGUCGCGUAGACAAAUGUAUCAGAAAUUAAUUGUCGUAAGGAUUAUUAUAAACUAUUAUCGAAUUGUAAGCAUUCGUAUUUAAAUAUUGUCUUGUCUGAUUGUAAUUGUAAGAUUGUCUACAAAUAAAAAUAAAAAAAAUUGUAACUUUUGUUGCUGAUUGUACUUUUAUUCAGAAAUAAAAAUAUGUAGUCGAAAAUAAACAGACUGAUUAUACAUUAAUGAUCGAUAUAAUUACAAACGGGGACACAUCACUACAUUAUAUCAUAAUAUUCGUUUAUUUUUUAUAUAAAAAUGAAUAAAUUGAAUAAAUAACCUCUUAGUUUCGAAAGGUUUUGGCAAGAUAUCAAUCGGAGAUGGCAUUGUUCAUAUACCACACGUAAACACUUGUCGUUUUAAUUGUACUUAUUUUAAAUAGUGAGUAUUGACAUCGGCUUAAAAUUGAUCAUUUUUAACUUCCAAUUUUAACUUAACUUAAGAAUAAUAAAAAAAAAAAACUAAAAAUAUUUUUUGAUUACAAUUUGAAAGUUUAGUAUAAUUAAUUUUAAAAAUCUUUAAGUACCUUUGGUUGUUUGAGUCUAGUCUUUAGCUUUAUGUUUUUUUUUAAACGCUCAAGUUGUCUUUUUUUAAAUAGGGAAUUUCGUUACCCUCCCCCUCUUCUGUCUUCCAUUUGUCAAUUCCUUCCAAAAUGUACAAAAAUGUCAAUUGAUACUUCCUUACACAUCCUUUGCCUAUUAUCAUUUUGAAACCAUUUUAAAAUCCUCCCUAAACUGAACGUAUUGCUACAACGAUAUAUUUUUAAAAUAUGUCUAAAUUUAUUUUAUUUCUAGUAGAAAUUUAUUCUUAUAAAAUUCUAACCAAUUUUUUUUAGAAUUAAAAAAAAAACAAAUCGUAUCUGAAAUUAAAAAAAAAAAAAAAACAAAUUAAUCUUUUAGCAGAAAAUCCUGUUUCGAUUUAAUAUUUCUGUAUUUCUAUGAAUUUUAAGUUUUUUCAUGCUAUCGACCUUUAGCACCGACGCAUUCCCAUACAAUAGCGAAUAUUUGUCUCGUUCUUUCUUACACAAUUCGUAUAGUCUUGUCCUUGUCAUAAUACGGUUAAAGACAUUUAUUUUCUCAAAAGAUUUACAUUUAAAUCACUCACAGAGAAAAUUACAGAACAAUUAGAAAAUAAUAAUAAAAUAUAAAAAAUGAAUAAAUACAGUGCGUAUACAAAGCAAUAAUGUCGGUAACAAUGCGUGCGGAAGCGUCGGUGUCUAAGAUACUGUCUCGUAUCGUACAACUGUUUGUUGUCGGGUGGCAGUGCAAAUGUUAUCGAGCAAUGAAUCCUUUAUAAACAUUAAGACUGAACAUUGGUGUACCACCGCGAAUGCCAAAUUCAAACCAAAAUCUUUUUAUUCUGUGGCAGCUUCGUUUCAUUUAAACAUGAAUUAGAAUAUGAUAUUCAGUGUAAGGGUUGCCAUAAGUAUUUAUGAUUGUAUCGUCAAUGUACAUGGGUCUACAUUUUGGCAAUUAUUAAAUCUGUUGUAGUAAUGGUUUUUUUCAACGUCCAAUUUAAAUUUUUAAUAAAUAUAUAUAUAUUUUUUUAAUAAUUGUACUUCUUUGGUUAUUUUAAAUAUUGUUCAUGAAAAAAGCAUAAUAAUUUUUGCCAGUAUCCAGCCGAGAAGAGAACGCGUUCCCGUGAGGUCCGUGUACAGUUAUGUUGCCCCCCCCCCUCGUAAUGAAUUUUAAAAAUUAUAUCAUUAUGUUCACUAAGAAAACAAUUUUUUUUAAUCCCUAAUUUGAUGUUACAAGAUUAUGUCAAUAAAAAAUUAAAAUAUAAUGUAUUGCGUCGUUUCCCAGAUCCCGAGGUCCUGGGCUUAAACCAGGUCUAAAAAGGGAAUUGGGUUUUUCUGACGAACAACAAGUAGUAGUCCAGAGUCUGGCAGUUAGAAGUGUAUGCCUCGGAAGGUACGUAAAACCGUUGGCCCUGCGCCUGAACUAUUUCCAGUCGUAUCGGAAUGCGUCCCAUCGGAUUAUGAGAGUGAGGAAAUAGAGCGAGCCUGUCUUUGCGCACACACUUGUAUAAUAUGUCCUGCGCAGUAGCUAAUCUCUCUUGAGAUUCGCUUUCAUGGCUGAAAUCGACCUGAACAUCAGCAAUAAUUUUUCUGGUGUGUCACUGAAAUCAUGACCGAGAGUCAGACGUCAGGAACGCGUUCUCUCAACGACUGGACUUUUAAUCAGAUUGAUUAUGUGGCAUCAGUAAGUUAAUUCAUCAAUUAUAGUUCACGAUCACGAAGCGUUAUGCAUAACUUUGAGUAAUGGCAACCCUCGCUAUAUUGUAUAUUAUUCUAAUAAUAUAAACGUCCAUGAAUGAAUGAAUUUUUAAAAUACGUAUUGCAACAUUCGUUGUAAUAUUGUUAUGAUAAUUAAUAAGGAAUUUAGUUUUAAGAUCUUUGCGUUAUAUUCGAUUUCAUAAUAUUGUGUUGUUUUUGUAUAUCUGUAGCAUGUGUUUUUUUUUUUAAUUCGGUUUAGUACUUAAGAUUUAAAAUUAAAUUACAUAUGAUCUAUGUUUUAUCUGCAUAUUUAUAUUAAAAAAAUAAAAUGUGGAUUCUUUGAUUAAUAUUUAACAUAUGAAAGGAGACGUAAAAGACAAUUGUGUACGACUGAUGUCAUUAUGGUCUUGUUAAAAAUUUACAUUAAAUAUAUUCACUAUUAUCAUAUAUUUAGUGCAUUUUAGUUUAAUAUGUACAAAAUGUAAACUUAAACUAAUAAUAAUCAAAAACUAUUCCAAAAUCAAACAUAUUGGACACCUCUUUCGUCAUUAAAGUUCUUUUAAAUAUUGCAGUUUUAUAUCACUUAUAUUAUAUAAAAAAUUUCGUAUUCUCUCCUGUGCAAGCUAGUCUCCAUUGAGAAUAGCCGCCGUGGGCGAAAUCGGUUGAAAUUUUUUAUGUGAAUUAUUUAUUGGCGUGCCUUUUAAGACCUAGUCGUAUGCCGUCAAACGACAUGACGCUCCCUUAUGCCUCUCCGUCACGAUUCUUGUGUAGUUGUGUAUGCUUUGUGCGGAUAGUAUAUACUUCGUUCCUAUAUUACAAUUAUAUAAUACUACGAAGGGGUUGAUGACCCCAUGUUCUUUUUGUACCCCUUGACAACGUGUAUGCAAAAUUUAAUUAUGAUCGGUUAAAGGGUUAAGACUUGAAAGCAUAAAAAACAAACUCCCUUUCGCGUU